CGCGCAACUCUUUGAUUAGUGGCACCAUUUACGUCCGGGCAGCCGCAGAAAUAGCUGCAUAUAUUUCACGUGAUCUGUCAGUUUGUAGCUUGCUGCAAGGAGCAAUCCUGAAACACACACAAGACACGAAAUUUAUUGAGCUUCGAGAACGGCUUCGAGAAAUAUCAGUCAAUCACAUUAUGCCAUACCGUCUUUUCCUGCGUUGGGAACAACCAGGAGUUGAAUCCUUCAUCGCGUGGAUUAAAGGCGGGGAAGCGCCAAGGUUAGAGUGCUGAUGCUGUUAAUGGGGUGUUGUACAUGCCUAAAUGCCCUGUCUAAAUUAAGAUUAAGCUUCUCUUCAGGGCUGUGGGAUCCCGUCCUCCAUCGAACCAAUUUUUUCACGUCAAUUGCGAAAGCAAAGCUGUCCCAAAUACUGCAGCCCCACAAGUUAUUUAGUCAUAAUCUGUAUAGGGAGCAGUGGAAGCCUUUUCUUUACAUAGAACGCUAGUCAUUUGGUCGCUGGGUUGGCCUAUUAAAGUUUGAUGGGCUGAGGCUGAGUUAGAUAUGAUUCAUCAGUUUGCUGAUGCGUUGUCUCAGUGAGUGAAGAGCAAAUGGGCAAGUAUUGAUGCGGCACGACAUGGUUUUGAAUGGGGUUACGGAGAAAGAUUCGAAGAAUGGAUAUGUCGUGCAACUAUGGAGCUAUUGAUUGGUUACAGCUUAAAUAGGUAUUGUUUUGGAUGCAAGGCUUGUUAUACACAGCCGUUGUUCUCUUUCUUUUGCUUCAUGGUCUCUUCAUUGUUGAUCUCUUGUAUAUAUAGAGCUUUCUCUAUUUGUUACUUUCGAGGUGUUCUUCAAAAGCUCCAUAUAUUAAACCUUAUCUUGAAGUGUAGUUGUAUCAUUUUUGCACACCAUGACGAGCCAACAUCCUUAUGCCCCUUGGCGGAGACUGAUCCUAGUACCUUGCUGGAUUGUUCAAAUUAUAUUCCCCGGAUUUACGUUUGGAAUAGUUGCCGUGGCCAUUUCUAAAAUCAUGAGUAAUGAUUUCGAUGAUGACAGUGAUGACAACGAUAUUAGGAUAGCUCUAAGCAUUGGAUGGGUCUACAUUGUGUUCAUUGGCUUGUGUAUCAUCCUCACUAUCACAGAGAUGGUUCUUAUGUUCAGACACAAGUUGAAACCCAUUGUUUUCCUCAUGAUGAACAUAUUCAAAUGUGCAAGCUGGACAGCCUUGUUCGUUGUCAGUUUGUGGAACGCUUUCGGUGUUGUUAAGAGGACGAUGCCGAGUGUUAUUAGCUUGGUUGUUGAUAUCAUCUUGUUACUCGCCUUCUAUAUCCCUCUAGCACAUGGCUCCCUAAUCCUGCAUCGCAACCGCAAAGCUGCACAAUAUGAACCUGUCAACCUCAAACACAACCGCUUCGACUCCACCACCGAAUCUUUCCCCGAUGCUUUCCCACAAGCAUACAAGUCCUUGACCAACAUAGAAGAAACCACUGAUCUAGAAGCAAAUGAUCACACUACUGGAAGACCCCGCCGCCUGAGUUACAAUCAUACAAGAGAUACCAGAUUCGACUCGUACAAACAGACACGAAGAAGUUUUUCAGAUCCAUAUAUUGUCGAAAGAAUGAUUGCUAGUCCAAGGCAAGCUUCAAUAUCUACAUUCUCGACAAGGAGUAGGAGCAGCACGUUGGGUUUGCCGAUACCACAGGUCGUGGUGCACGAUCAUGAUGAGUUUAUGGAGAGAAACAGGGCCAAUGGGAUGAAUUAGGGAGAAGAAAAAAAGUGCUUAUAUAUGGGUGGCGUCUAGGAACGUUUUAUGAUCGAAUGUUUUAUACCAAGGGUCUGUUAUUGGAGUUGAUUUUUAUCUUGCUUUCAUGUAUAUACUAUGUUUGGCUCCGCCACAGGACACUGAGCUUUGAGUGCUCAGUUAUUCAGAUGAAGUGCGACACUAACCGAUAUCCCUGCUACGUGCACGACCCUACUAUGUGCACACUAUUAUUAUUUAUAUAGAAAAUUGAAUUAAAAAUUGAAAAAGUGAUAU